AUGGCCAUGCUGGGCCGCAAAGUCAUGGUGGAGCAAUCGAACGGGUGCUUGCGAAUGGCACGACAAGCUCGAUUGGCUGGCAGUGGUGGCGUAAUGCCGAUUGGGACGAUUGGCAGAACGCACGGUAUGAACAAGAACGUGGUCGCAGCCGAUCGCACGGAGAAGGGCGCUCAGCUUGGCGGCGCAUCAUUGUUGAUGCUGUGGAGCGGGAGAACGCUGACGCCGUUGAACGGCAACUGCAGACUUUCGGUGCUUGGACCGCAUGCAUCGCAUGAGUUACAGAAAGCAGUGCCACAUUUCGCAUGUGCCUUUGCAAGCGAAGAUGGGGCUGCUGCGGCACAUGUUCCAUAUUCGGAUCGCCGGUGUGCUGUGAACGGCUGGCAUCGGCAACUGGGUGGCAUCUAUCUGCUCUGUCGCCCCGGCUGGCAAUUGGCAACCCGCGGCUCCUCGUUGGAUGGCCUUUGGCGACUUGCUGCUUCGGGUGUUCGAUGGAUGGCCUUUGUAGACUUGCUCGCUGAUUUGACUUCUGCCUUCCUGGUUGGGUUGCCCUGGUGCGUCCUUGUCAGCGGGUCUGUCGCCCCGGCUGGCAUCGGCAAUCCGCGGCUUGCUGACUGGUUGUGCUUGACUUCUGCCUUCAAGGAACUUCCUGGUUGGGUUGCGCUGGUGCGUCGCAAGCAGCUCAUCACUCUCUAUCUCUGUGAAAAGACAUAUUCCUUACCAGCGCGACUGGGCACGUCAGUGAACAUGCAAAGACAAGCGGCGAAGAAAGCCGCUGACAAGACAACCCCAUGCAAGGGCCGAGGCUCAAGGCUCAGCCCAGCAGUUGAAGAAGCAGAGUGGCCACAUUCUCCAACACCCAGCACCAAGGCAAAGGCCGAAGAGCAAUCGCCUUUCCCGCCCACACAGAAAGCCCCGCCUACACCUAAUUCUUCUCCAACACAAGGCUCUGGGCAAGGAAGUCCUGCUGCUGAAGGCCCAGCUUUGGCAUCUUCCCAUUGGGGCUUUAACAUCAAGCGGGCAAAGGUGCCCGGGCAGGGUGCCGGAGCUUCCGAGCCUGUCCAGUCCUCUUUGGCUGAUUUGAGACGCGCAACAAGCAUGGACCAGGUGAACCAGGUUCUUUGGGACAAGACCUUGUUCAAGCACAUUGAAGAUGUCGACAGUCUUUACGGCUAUGUGCACAGCAUGUUGGACCGCGCGCAUUCUGAGGAAGAAAGGAAUCACAGAGAUCUUUCAGCUGAUCCGGACUAUGAUGGUAGUCGCAAUUUUCCUGCGCCGUUCUACAAAGCUUCCCAGCGUUUGUGCCUGAAGAAUGGGUGGCACUUGGGCAGCUUCCUUCUGAGUAUGCAAAACAACAUUGCCUACUGUGAGCAUAGAUGCACAAAACUUACACCGGAAGUGGCUAAGUCAGAGAGAAGCUUUGAAGAGGCCCCCAUCUUUGAGCGUGUGGCCACAAGCGCAGACCAGAAUGAUGAGGAGUUGCAGUGGCCAAAGCGAGGCAUUACAUCCAAGAAGCUGCGUAGAGAGCAGGUGGAGCAGGCAAUCGUGGAUGAACUUCCGGACUUGUCCUCUGGAUGGACAGUGGCUGAGUUGAUGCGUGCCAUAGAAAAGUCUUUGGAAUUGAGGGCAGAGGAGUUGACCAAACACAAAGGCUUGAUCGAAGCCAUUUUAGACCGCCGCCAACACCAGGAGUUGGAGGAUGCAAUCGGGCUUUGCAUGGACACGGCAGAGGAGGAAGGCAAUAGCCUGCGAGGUGUUCAUGAUGACCAAUUCUUGGCAGCACUGCGGGCUCACCUCAACUUCCCCCCUGCUGCCUUUUCCAAGUGCACAGAAGAAGCGCUGCAGAUUUGGAAGCAGCGCAAGGAGGCCAUGGAGACAGCCGUUCCUGAGGUGGUGGCAGCCGACUAUGUCCAUGAGAUUUCGCCUGCCAUUAUGGUUGUCUUGGGCGGCGCCGCUUCUUCGAGGAAGUCGCCGAAUAAUGCCUUUGCUGUCCACAUGAUUCAGAACAGCAAGAACGCGGACACCACCAUGAAAGAUUCAUACCUGGUUGAAGCAACCUUGAAGGGGUGUCGCACAAGCAUCUUGAACAACGGUGGCUUUGCCUGUGUCUCCGAUGAGCUGUCCAACACCCUGCAGACUCCGUGGUCUGAUCACUCGGCAGGGAUCAAUUUUCUCUCAAAGAGCAAGCUGAACACGUUCAGCCAAGCAGAGCACGAUAGCGUCGUCACUGCAGCUGGGAGAAUGUGCCUCAAUUCCUACAAGACUAUGGUAAAGUUGUGGGGACAGCUUGAAGCUGCAGAAUGGGUGCUGCGCCCUACGCCGAAUGGCUUUCCCAAGAGGUGCUCCGUCGCUUGGUCACCCGACAGAAAUCCAGUCGACCCAGACGUGGCUGCUGGCAUGUCAACAGGUUUCAUUGCCCAGCUUCAUGACUUUGCCCUUGGAUUUCCUGGUGCGCGACCUUCUCGCUGUGGUCCAGAUGAAUAUGCCGCCACGAUCUUGCAGACUGUUCGCAGAGCGGUUCACGAUUGGUUGGAUGAGCACCACGUGGAUUCGAACCUGUCAGCAAAACUUGGCUUCGUUGGAACGGAUAUGUUGAGGUAUGCUCAGGUGAACAUGCGCAUUGCACAGUACUGCGAGAUGGCUGCAGCAUUCUGGCAGUGGGAGCGCCAAGUUUUCUUGGUGUGUGGCUACCUGCGCUACAUCCGUGGAUUGGAACGCAACCUCGGCCUCAACGACCGCGACCGGUCCAUCUGUGGCUUGGCAGCCGGAAUGCUCCAUGCUGACGCACCAGUCAACUACAAGCAACAGGCCUUGGAAACAGCAGAGGACAAGCUGAAGCAUGAUAUCCUAUCUUGCCCGAAAGCUCGUGGAGAGUUCACUUCAGCCAUCAUGCGAGAGGAGCUUCGCCACAAACAUCGCAAAGCCAAAGACUUUAAGAGCAUGCUCCUGAAAGCUAUCGACGGCCUUGUGGCCCAUGGCCUCUUGCUCUGUGACAAAGAUCCCCGCAAAGAGAUGCGGCCAAAGAAGAAGCGCCGCAAGAAUCAAGCCGCUCAGGGCGCGGAAGAACCUGAAGCUGCGGCAGAUGCUCCUGCUGCCGGGGAACAGAAGGAAGUGGCGGCGUCCAGAGUUGUUCUGUCCCUUCGCAAGCCGGCCUUGGCGGAGUUGACUGAGGAAGCUGAGGCAGAAAGGCUCAAGAUGUCUAACACAGUGCAGAAAUGGGCAUUGAAGUUUCCGCGAAAACCGAAAGCUUCAGCCCAGCCAACCAAAGGCAAGAAGAGUUCUCAGAGCCCGUCAUUACUUCUCCCAACGCCUCGCAGCAGUAGGACUGACGAUGGUGCCGAGGGCCAGCAGCCUGCUGCUGCACCAGCAGAUUUUGAGCAGACUCCAAAAAAUGAAAGGCUGCCAGAGAAACACUGUCAAAGCUUAGAACAGCUGGCAGGAAGAUUAGCUUGCGGACGUACAUCAUCGGUGUUGCUCAGCAUUUUGGGGACAAAUCCUUUUAAGCGCUCUGCCCCUGAGUCCCUGCCAACACUGACAAGCAACGCUCCCUGUCGCGGAAUGACUGCGACGCUUCAGGGCAGCAUGGUGUUCGUGCUGGACACUUUCACCAGGAGGGGCAAACUGCACGCAGACAUUGCCAAUGUUCGCCGCCGAGCUGACCAAGACUGGACACUGGGCUCCAUCUCCACAGUGAAGGCAGAUUGUCUGACCGAUUUCCGGGUGGAACUGGUUGUCACAGCAGUGUCGGGAACACAGGUUCGAUUGGAACGGCUCUGCAGCACACAGCUGGGUGGCGCUCUCACUCUUGUGCCUGCACUACCCACUGCAGCCGUCCAGCAGCCCAUUGACACAGCCCAUCCUGAUGCGCAUGUGUUCCCAGCUGCAGCCCAGGUUAGCAAUUCGGAGCCAAGCUACUUCAAUUUCACUGAUGAAGAUGUCAGGCAAACCUUUCCUCAUCUUUGCAUCGUCCGUACGCCCAAGGAGAAGAAGCAUUACAUGACCAAAAGGUAUUUGUUGGAGGUAUUGCUGCAGUUCUAUUGCAAACUGAAUUGCCGCGAGGUUCGGAGAAGUCUUAUGGACAUCUGCUGUGCAAAUUCUCUACAAGCCAAUCUGCUCCAGCAAGCUCAAGCCGUACCGAAGAGCAAGGUCUUGCGCCAUGUUGUGGUUCAAGCAUUUGGCCGUUGCCUUGACGACAUUGUUGACUCCUUCCAACAAAAGCUGUUUCUCUACAAUGCACAAGGCAUCCGCCAUGAUGGCAAUAUGGGGUUGGCCCGUACAAUCGAGCAGUCGGUGCCCGUCUUCCAUGCGACGGACAACUACAGAGGCCAAAGGUUCAGGCUUGCUGCCAGGUACCAUGCCUCUUGGCCUGAGCUGCGCCUGCAAUCCUUCGCCAGAACUCGCAAAGGAGAUGCUGAAAGACGGUCUGUAAUCCCAGUGAAGGAGAUGGAACAAGGUUGCACUAUCGUUGGAGAUCCCCAGCACGAUAUCAUCAACCUUUCAAAGCUGUUGCACGGACGUGCAGCAGACAAGGAUGACUUGCUACGGGAUCACUGCGAUUUGAUGCACAGGCUUUCUGGCCCACAGCCGCCAAACCUGAAAUCAGAUCCAGUGCCAACUAUAUAUACUGAGCUCAGCGAAGCAGCGGCUUGCUUACUGCGGAGUGCCUGUGUGGAUCCACAGCCGGAGUUUCGUGAGAAGAAAGCCAAAUAUGCUGAAGCCAUGGGCGAGCUGAAGGCUUUCUUAGGCUUGCCCCAUGUGCAGCUGUCUCCUACAUGGAAAGACAUCAUGGGCAGCCUUCCGCCGCGCGGAACAUUGGUUCGUGUUGCCAAUCGAGUUGAAGCUUCUCUGCAUGCUACAUCUCAAGGCUUUGGAUGGACCUCUCCGCAAGCCUUCCGCCGAGAAGCUCGCCGCAUCAUUCGCUGGUACAGGAAAGGCAAGAAAACCAUGCGCUACAACCGGAGCUUGCCCAGGACUCAACACGCGCCAGAAUAUGUGCGGGGCCUGAAAACUUGCUGGACACAGAAGGUUGCCUUGCAUUAUCGCAGAUUUUUUGGCAAGAUUCGUCAAGAAGGGCUUUGGUCUUGGAGGCUCAUGUCCAAAGCUAUGCGGCUUGCCAAGCUGUCGCAGCAAUCAGGCACUGUCAGUGUUGAGCGGGUUUGGUCCUACUACCUAGCAGAGUUUCCGCAUGCAAACCGUGGAAUGACGCUGGAAUACUUCAACGUCAUGAGUGCUCUGCUUUUCCUCAGGUUCAAUCUGCGGCACUUCAAGGCGCACCGUCUCCCAGGUUGGCUGGAGAAUGACGCAUUGGUGGCCACCAAGCUAGAUGCUAUCCUUGCUUUGGCCAGGUCUCAAGAGCCUGAAACAGACCUGCAUGAUUUUGGAUCCAUUUUUUCUUCGCUCCGAUGCUCCGAUGACCAGUGA